CGGAGGCGCAGCCAGGGAAACGCCGCCAGCGCCCGCUGCCUGCGUCUGGGGAAGAGCGGCGCCCUGGGAGCGAGCCAUGCCCGGCGUCCGAGCGUAGCCGCGGGGGCCGCUCCCGGGAGCCGCGGGCCGGGCCCACCGCGCGCCGAGGAUCAUGCCGCCCCCGGGCCGGGCGCCGCCGCUCGGGCUCCUGCUGGCGCUGACAGCGCUCCGGUGCCCAGUGAUGCAGAGUCGCGCCGUCGUGGACAGCCUGCAGAGGUUCUCCUCGCUCCCAGCAUACCUCCCCGCCAGCUUCCACAUCUCUAAUGCAGAGGCGUCCUUCUUCCUUAAAGAGGCCAACCAGGACGUGACAAGGAACUCCAGUCUGCAGGCCCGGGUGGAGUCCUUCUUUAUCUACCGAGCCAGGAGCCCCCCGAGCGUCAAUGCCACCUAUGGGCCUUUUUCAGCCGAGGAGACGGUUCCCCGGGAGCUCCUGCUGACCUCGGCCCCCUUUGGGAACAUGGGCGAGUUUCCCUUCAACUGGAAGCUGAAAGCCCACAUCCUGGAGAGCUCCAUUUACUCCAACAGACCCAAAGUGCAGACCUUGUUUUAUAUCACUGGCAUGGCCUGGGCCGACAGCGACCCAGAGGAACAGCUACCCUGCGUCAAGAUGUUUGCCUUCCCAGAGGCCAGGGAGGUGGCGGCCAGCUGUCGGCUGCAGGGGGCCCCGGGGUUGUGUGUGGCUGAGCUGGAGCUGCUGCCUGAGUGGUUCAGCUCAGGGCUGGACCUGGAGCCCGAGGAGGAGAUCCCGGCCCUGCUGGGCGGCACAGCCAUGGAACUCUUCUUCACGCUCUACCCGGCAGAUGAGGCUGGCCAGUGUCCACUGGAGGAGGACGGCAAGUGGGAGAACAACAUCCACUCAGGCCAGGACAGCCCCCCGCCAGUGUCCCCUGCCCGGGAGAGGAUCGGGAGUGUCGUGGUCUACCCAACCCAGGACGAUCUGAAGUGGUCCUUGGUGAGCCUGGAUGAGAACGUUGUCCUCUCGGUACCUCUGAACCUUGUCCGGGAAGGGGACGCGGCCACCUUCCUGGUCUCUCUGACCAGCAGCUCUGAGGCAGACCACUUCGCCCUCAGGUAA